AUGGGUGGCAAGAAAGUCUGCAUCGUGGGCUCUGGCAACUGGGGCUCGGCCAUCGCCAAGAUCGCCGGCAGCAACGCGGCACGGCUGAGCACCUUUGAGAACCAGGUGAACAUGUGGGUGCUGGAGGAAGAGGUGGGUGGCCGGCGCCUCACUGAGAUCAUCAACACGGAGCAUGAAAAUGUCAAGUACCUGCCAGGGCACAAGCUGCCCCCCAACGUGGUAGCAGAGCCAGACCUGCUGAAGGCCUGUGCUGGGGCUGACAUCCUCCUGUUUGUGGUGCCCCACCAGUUUAUUGGCAAAAUCUGUGACCAGCUCAAGGGCCACGUGAAGAAAGGCGCCGUUGGGAUGUCGCUCAUCAAGGGGGUGGAUGAAGGACCAGAUGGGCUCAGGCUGAUCUCAGACAUCAUCCACGAGAAACUGGGAAUAGAGAUAAGCGUCCUGAUGGGGGCCAACAUUGCGAAUGAAGUGGCAGAAGAGAAGUUCUGUGAAACAACCAUCGGCUGCAAGAACCCACAGCAUGGGCAGGUGCUGAAGGAGCUGAUGCAGACACCGAAUUUCCGGGUGACGGUGGUGCAGGAAGCCGACACCGUAGAGAUCUGCGGGGCUCUCAAGAACAUUGUGGCUGUAGGAGCCGGUUUCUGUGACGGGCUUGGUUAUGGAGACAACACGAAGGCCGCUGUGAUCCGUCUGGGACUGAUGGAGAUGAUCUCCUUCUCCAAACUCUUCUGUAAGGGCCCCGUCACCUCCUCCACCUUCCUGGAGAGCUGUGGGGUCGCCGACCUCAUCACUACCUGCUACGGUGGCCGCAACCGCAAAGUGGCUGAGGCUUUUGCUAAGACUGGAAAGUCCAUUGAGCAGCUGGAGAAGGAGAUGUUGAAUGGGCAGAAGCUGCAGGGUCCCCAGACGUCUGCUGAGCUGCAUCACAUCCUUAAAAGCAAGAAUGCAGUGGACAAGUUCCCCCUCUUCACAGCUGUGUAUGAGAUCUGCUACGAGGGCAAACCUGUCAGUGAUGUCAUCAAGUGCCUCCAGAACCACCCCGAGCACAUGUAA